UCCACCCAUAACAGGAUUUCUGAGCUGAUUAUCAUUGAUUUUCUCGCUAAUUUUAUGCUAUUUUUUCCAUCAAAGACGGACUUCAAACAGUGAAAAUGCUUGCAAAAUAUUUAUCUAGAUCAGUAGCUAGCUCUACAGGAGUUUUUCAACGCUGUUUGAGAGACUUUGUCCCUUUUCAAGCCACGUGUACAAGAACCCGGAAGUUAUCCGGAAGUGUGCGAAAAGUAGGCGAGAAAAUGGCAAUAAGACUGGUCCAGUUUCAGCUAAGCAAAGAGGAGUCUCCUAGGGUAGGGGUAGAGCUGGAAGAUGGAGGCAAUGUCGUUGACGUGACAAACAUUGACGAGGCAAUACCAAAAGACAUGCGCUCAUUCCUUGAGAACUGGGACAGCAGCCUCUCCGCAACACUCCGAGCUCUAGAGCAAGCCAAGUCCCAAGGGCAGGGUAUUAUAAGUCGUUCAGAUUUAUUACUCAAGGCUCCAAUAUACAACCCAGAGAAGCUUAUAUGCAUCGGGCUUAACUACAUUGAUCAUUGUACGGAGCAGAAUGUUCCAGUUCCUGUUGAGCCUGUCGUGUUUAGCAAAUUUGCAUCUGCAAUCACAGAGCCUAAUGGACCUGUGGUGUUAUCGCCAUUGACAAAUGAAUUAGACUAUGAAGUUGAGCUUGCUUUCAUAAUGUCAAAGGAAGGAAGGAACAUCCCAACUUCAGAUGCAAUGUCAUACGUGGCUGGGUAUACAGUAGCUCAUGAUGUCAGUGCCAGAGACUGGCAGAUGAAGAAGAAUGGGAAGCAAUGGCUCCUUGGGAAGACCUUUGACACUUUCUGUCCUUUAGGACCAGCUCUUGUAACAACACCAUCCAUCUCAGAUCCUCAUAAUUUGGGCAUUAGGUGUCGUCUAAACGGUGAGACGGUACAAGAUUCAAAUACCAACCAGCUGGUGCAUAAAACUGAAGGACUUGUCUCAUACAUAUCACAAUUUGUUACACUUAAGCCAGGUGAUGUUGUUUUAACAGGCACGCCCCCGGGUGUGGGCUGUUUUCGUAAGCCACCCCUUUGGCUUAAGAAAGGAGAUGUGGUAGAGUGUGAGAUUGAUGAGAUAGGAAAGAUCAGAAAUGUCAUACAAUGAUAUUAGUGAUAUUAAAGCUAUGCACCAGCUACUGCUGCCUCACACACACAAUCUCAUUUAAACAUUUAUUCCUUUUAUAAGCUACUUUUAUAUUUUGUUUAAUAACAAUAUUUGAUUAUUAAAUAUAAUUACUGAUUUUCUGCUGUAAAUUUAA